AGCAGCAACAGGGUCCACCAUCUGUUUGGCAACAACGCCAACAGCAACAACUACCUCCUACUUCACAACAGCAACAACAAGGAGAACCUGUUCCACAACAGCAGCAACAGGGUCCACCAUCUGUUUGGCAACAACGCCAACAGCAACAACUACCUCCUACUUCACAACAGCAACAGCAACAAACACCACCCAAGCCACAACAGCAAUUGGAAUCAGUUUCCUCACAAUCAUCUAUAGUUCAGCAAAUGGAGGGCAUUAAAUUGAGUAAUAGAGGAAGAAGUGUACUCUCAUCGGAACUGCAAAACAUGUAUAUUGAACACAUACCAAGAAGAUGUGCUCCAGGACAGGCUGGAAGAAAAAUCACUGUAGAAACAAACAUGUUCAGACUUGUUUUUAAACCAACUUUUGAAACAUGUAUCGUACAUUACGACGUAGUCAUUGAUCCAGACAAACCCAAAUUUUUGAUGAGACCAGUGUUUGAACAAUAUAGGAAAAACCAUUUUCCCAAUAGAUAUCCAGCAUUUGAUGGGAGAAAGAAUGCUUACAGCGCAAAAGAACUUCCUUUCGGUGAUCAAAGUAUACCAGAUGAGGUGACAGUUUUUGACGUUGAGCGUCAAAAAAAUCGAGUUUUUAAAAUAUAUAUGAAGAAAGCAGCAGUUCUUGAUAUGACAUGGUUAAAAAAUAUGAAAUAUGAUUCCAUGGAAUUUCAAAGUGAACAGAAAUGUAUACAAGCUUUAGACAUCAUUCUAAGACAUGGAACAGCGCGUAAUGCUGUUCCUGUGGGCAGAUCAUUUUUCUAUGAACCGCAACCUGGCAGA